AUGCUUGUCAUGGCAUCGCCGAAUCAUCUUGUCAUCGUCUGUGGCCACGGCAUCUGGCUAGGCGGACCGCGUCACGGCCACGACGAGGCCGAAUGGCUCAUCGAAAGCUACAAGGCCGGCGAGACGCCUACUUUUGUCGAGCACAUCCGCGCCGGGCUGCAGGUCCUGGCCGACGAUGAGCAGGCUGUCAUUGCCUUUUCGGGCGGCCCCACGCGCAAGGAGACGCCGCUGUCAGAAGGCCGCAGUUAUGCCAACCUGGCCGCGGCCAACGGCUACUUUGGCCUGCUGCAGUCGGGUGAAGACGAGAGUGGUACCGUGGCAUCUCAGCUCCACCCGCGGAUCUUGGUCGAGGAACAGGCACUCGACUCCUACUACAACAUCCUCUUCAGUCUGGUGGCCUUUUGGCGCGCACACGCCGUCUGGCCCGCCCGAAUGACCAUUGUCAGCCAUGCGUUCAAGCAGUCCCGUCUCGUUGAUGGACACUGCGGGCCCGAUGCCAUUGCCUUUUUGCCGCGCACACGCAUCGGCUUCGUCGGCAUUAACCCGCCAAACCUGCCGGCUGAGUUUGGCGGCACGGCGCCUGCGGAUGACAAGAAAGCUGUUAUGCAGGGUGCCCACGACGUGUUGGAUCAUUGGGCCGUCGACCCGCACGGCGUCGGCUCUCUGCUGGCGGGCAAACGUCGCGGCCGCAAUCCCUGGGCCAUCGACCAGCGGCUGUUUGCACACGAGGACGAGCGGCGGCGCAGCGGCCUGCAGACGCGUUUCGUCGGCGGUGACAUGGAGGCUUUGACAGAAGACGGGCUGCGGCCUUGGAACGAAGGACCAGCCUCUGAUUAG